AUGCGCGCCGUGCGUUUUCAUGGAAAGAGGGACAUUCGCCUAGACAGAAUACCCGUGCCAGAAAUUUGUAAUAAUGAGCAGGUUAAGAUCAAACCAAGCUUUACAGGGCUAUGUGGUACGGAUCUUCACGAGUAUCUUGAAGGCCCUUUCAUGAUACCCAGUGCUCCACAUAAAGUGACGGGUGAACAAUGUCCAGUCGUUAUUGGACACGAAUUCAGCGGCGUGGUUACAGAGCUAGGAAAGGAUGUACACGAUUUACAAAUUGGGGACAAAGUGACGGUGCAAACGAUCAUCUUCGAUCGGGUCUGCAAUUCAUGCCAACGUGGACUAAUUAACUGUUGUCCCAACUCCGGGUUUAUUGGUUUGAGCUGGGGAGGAGGGCUCGCAGAGUAUAUAGUACUCCCACGCUGGGCAUUGUUUAAAAUUCCAAGUCACGUUUCCUUACAAGUUGGGGCUCUCGUGGAGCCUUUAGCUGUCGCAUGGCACGCCGUAAAACUUUCGCAUCUCGACCGGACAGACUCAGUGCUGGUAAUUGGUGCUGGUCCUAUCGGUCUGGCAGUUGUUCAAGUGCUGAGAGCACGAGGUGUCAAAAACGUUUUCGUAUCUGAACCGGUGAAACUACGCAGGAAACUUGCCACCGACUUUGGAGCAGCUCGUGUGCUGAGUCCACUGGAGGAUGAUGUCGUCGGUACUUGUACAGGGUUGACCGGUGGUGAAGGUGUCCAAGCUGUUUUCGACACUGCAGGCGUACAAAGUGGCCUAGAUACAGCUGUUGCAGUUUGCAGGCCUCGUGCAUCUAUCGUCAAUAUCGCGGUCUGGGGGAAGCAGGCCCUCGUUCAUCCAACCAUAUUAAUGAGGAACGAGAUCAGCUAUGUCGGAUCUCGAACAUAUUCCCAGGGGGAUUUUCAAGAGGUUAUCGACAGCAUCGCAUCAGGAGCUCUCCAGCCACAAAGCAUGAUCACAAGCGUCAUUAAGAUGGAGGACGUCGAGCAGAAGGGCCUGAAGGCUUUGCACGAGGACAAGGACACUAACAUUAAAAUAAUAGUGGAAGUCUCCAAGGGAACAGAGUUUGGGGUUUAUUUGGAUUACAUUCGUCCUCGUCCAAUCUUAAUUUGCCAGUUUAAAAAUUGA